CACAGUGGCGAACGCACAGUGACGAGUCAUCUCUCCAGUUGAUCAAGUUUUCACCCCUUCUAACAUUAUAUGAAUGUGAAAGUGCCUCGAUGUGAAUCAUCAUGGAACAAGAGGAGAGCAAAAUCUCGGUGUGGGUAUGCCGGGAGGAGAAGCUGGUGUCCGGACUGUCCAGACGCACCACCUGCGCGGACGUGGUAAAAGUGUUGCUGGAGGACCAGACCUUACAGCAAGGCGCGAUGCUCAGCGGUACUCCACAGUCUUACUGCAUCGUGGAGAAAUGGAGGGGUUUUGAGCGGAUUCUGCCGAAUAAAACGAAAAUCCUUCGGCUGUGGGGCGCUUGGGGAGACGAGCAGGAAAACGUGCGCUUCGUCCUGGUCAGAAGCGAUGCGUCGCUGCCCAACAGCGGACCGAGGAGCGCCGAGGCUCGGGUCGUGCUCAGCAAAGACAGUCCCUGCACUGCGAAAACCACCACGCCAUUUUCACAGGAAAAACAGCGGAGGAUUGUGCGAAAGGCUUUUAGAAAGUUGGAUAAAAUUAACAAAAAGAAGGAGGAGGUUUCCAAAGACAAAUCUGCGGAGAAAAUGGAAACGCUCGUUCAUCUUAUCAUCUCGCAGGAUCAUACAAUUCGACAGCAGGUAGAGCGAAUAAAAGAGCUGGACAGUGAAAUCGAGAGGUAUGAAUCAAAAGUUCACUCUGACAGAAUGAAAAUACACGGCGUAAACUAUGUGCAAGACACGUAUUUGCUCGACCAGGGCUUGGAUAGGGAUUCCAGCGCGCAUCCGGACGCGUCCUCCUUUGCGCAGUUUGAGGAAUACGCGUCACGCUGCGACCAAGUCAUUCAACUUCAGGAGGAACUAACCGAGAGGGAGGCUCUGAUGGAGAUACUUACAGGUGAAAUACAAGAAGAACUCAACCAAAGGUGGAUGAGACGGCGGCAGGAGGAGCUCUCCAACAAAGACGCGGACAGCGCUGGAGAAGAAACGGCUCUCAGGGUGACUUCUGUCCCCGAGGAACCGGUCUUAGUUGCUCCGGACCUCCUAACAGACAAUGAACUCCAAUUAGAGGAGGAGAGGAUCAAAACACAGCUGGAUACGAGUUUAUACAUCGGGUUGCGCUUGAACACUGAUCUGGAGACGGUGAAGAGCGACUUGGAUAUGAGUGAGGAGCUUUUGGGCGCGAAGGAACAGGAGUUGAGGGAAUUACUUGAAAAGGUUCACAGAUUAGACGAGCUGGAAGGGAAACAGGCUGAUGACAGCAAAGAUGAGGGGAAAACUGAACAACUGCCUUCCGUAGACAAAGACAAUGUAUGGGUAGAGCAGGCGAGGGGACUGUCAAAAACAUGCGCCAAUGAUGAUGAUUCGGACACCGGACUGAGUUCAAUGCACAGCCAAGACUCGGAUAACGCACCUGUUUGCGAGUCACUUGUGUGACUGUUGAAAUCAUAAUGGGCCCAGAAUCAUUCAAUACGACGCGAACUCAGGGAAUAUUUCGCCUCUCUAGAUUUCAGUAAUAUUCUCUCUUUAUAAGAGAGGAAUGCAUGUAAAUUAUACCAGUGUAGUGUUACGAUCGCCUCACUCUCUAAUUGCCUCACUUGUACAAAUGGAGAAUCGCUUAUAAGGUGCAGCUUAUCAAAUUAAAACUAAUUAACCGAUGCAUAGACUGAGAGAUGUCCACUGUGUGCUGACUAAUGUUAUAAUACCAACACUAUGUAUUUGUGUUAUGUAGCCUUAUGUUUAAACGUUGGAAUUAGAGUUUUGUGGUUUAGUGCAGUAGCUUCGCUCUUCCUAAAUAUAAAUAUAAAAUUUA